CGAACAACAACGACCGCCCUAUAUUCAGACAUACUAACCAUAAGGUCGCAGAUUCUACGAAGGGGGCUUGCGCUAAUGAGACUAGGUGCCACCGCACAUUUAGAUCUCCGCUCUGCGCAGACUCGAUUCAUCUCUCAGCCUCGUCUUGAAGCGCCCCGACUCGGCCACGAUCAAGCUCCUCCAAGGCACAUCCAAGCCUUGGUACGCCACUUCACCGCAGCAGACCGGCUGAGCGCAAGGACGUAAGAGGAAAAUAGUUAUUGGCAGUCAGCAUGUCUUGCUCUUGCUGCUCGCACGAUGAGAAGACGACGAUAUUUGAGCCAUUCAUCGACCGAUUCGUGCUAUUGACCCACUGCCGUCUGGACAAUGGCCGCACCAAACCCUUCAGCAACCCUCACAUAGGACGGCAGACCAACGAGUGGCACGGUAGUAAGCUUCAAUCCCUACCAAUCGAGCUCUACCAAGCAUGUCUGUCCUACCUAGAUCUGGCGACUUUAACGGCCAUGAGACGGGUCUCUCAGUACACCAGACUUGCCAUUGAGUCUCUCUACCAAUAUCAGGAGCUAUACGAGCAUGCGCCGCAAGCACUGAGAGCUUGUCUAAGCACCGGCGUCUCUCCCCACAUUCCCCUCCGGCGAUUGCACCACGCGCUGACCACCAUGGAAUGUUAUUACUGCAGAACUUCCGAUAACCCCCGAUCCACCUUUGGCUCCUACCUUUCCCUCUACGAAGGCCGCCGAAUCUGCCUCUUCUGUCUGCGCAACAACGAACUCCUCAAGCCAGUCGAGCUAAUGACGCUUAUAACCCUGCGCUGCCAAAAGAACUCCACCCUCUGCUCCACCCCCACCUCCCUCCCCAUCGUCACCACGCUCCCAGGCCACUACUCCCCGAUUCCGUCCGCAGCACCACGAUCCCCACGGACAAGCCUCCUCCUCGCGUACUCCAUAACAUCGACCCCCGAACAAACCAACGAAAAGGAACGCCUCGCAUUAUUCGGGAAUUCCAGGACCGCAACGACGUACCACCACCCCCUGAUUUCCCCCUCCGACGAGUCAGACAUCAGCCCAACAGCAAACUACAUCCCGCCCGAAACACCAAAACAAAUAGCACACCUUUAUAUGUCCGCCAUUUCAUUCCCCUAUCUGCCGUCCUCCAAAUCAUGUGUUGAUUACGGCGUUCUUUGCGGAGAUUGUAACCUACACGUGCGCUACGAAGAACACAGAUGGAAAGAGGAGCAGCGAAACCGGCGGAUGAAUGGCCAGGAUCCAACGGCGAGUUUGAGGACUAGGGAGAGGAUCAACAAGCUGAGAAAGAAGGCGUGCAAGAUGUAUACUGUGAGUGAGGCGGCCCUGAAGGAUGUGUGUAACCGCCAGGAUGUGUUGCGGAAGUGGGAAGAGGAUGUGCCGGAGAUGAGUAUCCAGGAACAUAAGCUGUUUCACGCCAAGGAGAAGAUAUCGAAGAUCGAGGUCCAGUGGAGGAAGAGCGUUAAGGGGCCGCCGUUGCCCUUGUUGAAACAUGAUAGGUUUGGUUGAUCAUGGAUAGGCCGGCGACCUGGGAAAGUUGGUUCUGGGCAUAGGUUAGGCUGCAUGAUACCCUUUGAAUCUCUGGGAAAGCAGGAGUUCGGUUUUCUCUGGCUGUAUGGACUUUGCUGUAUAUGUUGGGUCCAGGAGAUGGAUCUGAUCAGCGGUAUGAUCUGUUCUGAACUCUGGCCUUCCAGACAUAAAAUCACGGAUUCACAGAUUCAACAAGCACCAGCACACACUCAGGAAACUCUAUUGACACACUACCACCCUGGAAACCAAUAAACAAUCCGACAAUGUCAAUAAUACAAAAUACUGCAUGCAUGUACCCCACCCGCUUUCU